GGGGCUGCCUCCUCUGUCCUCUGCUUCAUCUUAUGCUGUUUUUCUAUCAAAAUGGACAAACUGGCUAGACUGGUGACCCAAAUAGCCAAUUCUCCGCCGUCUCAAUGGCUAUCCACCCUUUCACCGCUCCACCUCUCUUUGAUCCCACUUCUGUCCUUAGCGUCCUCCCUCUACCUGCCGGCACUCCACUUUCGGCGCCGCCUCUACGCUCUCGGGCUCUUACGCCAGCACAGGCUUCCGGUGCCUGUGAUUAGCGUCGGGAAUUUGACUUGGGGAGGCAAUGGAAAGACUCCAAUGGUGGAGUUUAUUGCUCGCUGCUUCGUCGAUUCUGGAAUUCCACCUCUGAUUCUCACCAGGGUACUUAAUCUUCCUUUCCGAAUACUGUAUACGCGGCUUCUAGUACUUUGUUCGACAACGUGUUUGCAGGGUUAUGGUGGGGAAGAUGAGGUUAAGAUGCUAGAGAGGCAUCUUCAGGGGACGCCUGCUAAGAUAGGUGUUGGUGCAAACAGGGCGGCAAUUGCUUCAAUCUACUUUCAAAGAUAUGGUUACAUUGAUCCUAGGGGAAGUCUGAAUCAUGAGACUCUUUCCUCAGAAAAUAUUUCGUGUGGAGAUAAAAUUGGGGUUGCCAUCUUAGAUGACGGAAUGCAGUAAUGUGGUUGGAAAUUGGAAGGCAGCAUCUUAGUUUAUGGCGAAACAUAGAGAUCGUUAUGGUGAAUGCAAUGAUCCCUUGGGGAAACCAUCUCUUACUUCCUCUCGGAACAUUAAGAGAACCAUUUUCAGCCCUUAAGCGUGCAGAUGUUGUCAUAGUGCAUCAUGCAGAUAUGGCGUCGAAGCUGGAAAUUCAAGCCAUAGAGUCAAUGGUUCACAAAUAUAAUGAAUCAGUACCCAUAUUCUUCAGCAUUUUAGCUCCUUCACACUUUAUCAGAGUGGGAAACAUAUCAUACACAUGUCCUUUGAAGGACAUAUCUCAUGCAAUACUCUUAUGUGUCUCUGCCAUUGGAUCUGCAGAUUCAUUCGUGCAGAGGAUUCAUAAGAUGGGACCCAUGCAUGUUGAUCGGUUAGAUUUCAGUGACCACCAUUCUUUUCAACCUAAGGAUAUUGACAUAAUAAGAAAGAGAUUACAUAAGCUAGAAUCAGAUUUUUCUGCAGUUCCAAUGAUGGUUGUUACUGAAAAGGACUAUUUUAGACGUCCUGAGGUUCUUGAACAUCUGGGUUAUGAAGUAUUGGUGCUUUGUUCAUCCUUGCAAAUUCUGCCGCUCAAAGGAUGCAAUGAAGAAAGCUUCAAGAAAUGCCUGAGGCAGCAUCUGGAAAUAUACAAUCUAGCAUAGGUCAGACCAGGGCUGCAUAUUUAUAAAUUUAAUCUUAAUUUAGUUGGAUUGGAUUUCGGAUUGGUUUGUAAUGAGUGGAAACGAGAGUAGCUUAACUCAGAGUUGAGGUUUAGGUUGACCAUUGAUGAGGCCGCAAAGGGCGAGAAACGGCAAGGAGGUGGUGCUUGUGAAGAAGCACUACCGAACAUUUUGACUAGGCAGGCGGAGGAGAGUUGCGCAGAGGGAGACCCUUUGAAGUGGUGGGUGAAGUUGGGCUUUGUGUUUUUAUCUGCUUUCCUUUUAAUUUGGACAAUUUGUCUCCUUUAUGUCCAAUUAUUCAAUUUAGUAACAAGGGCAUUAUUUGAGGGAUUAGCAAAUCCUAGUGUAGCCUUAGAGUCUUAUCUGUAUAUUUUUAUCUUUUAUCAUUAACAAAUAACUUUGUUUCUUUUAAAAUAUGAGCAUUCUUCUCAAUCAUGAGUUCAUAAUAGUU